AGCUUAUCUCUCUUUACGGCUCCUCUAACGACGAUGGUAUAAAAACGUUUAUCGAGAAACAAGGGGCCUCUACAGCCAGAGUUGGACCGAAGCGACCACAACUAGGAAUUGCAGAAACGCCAAGAACAUGAAGUGCAUAACGACAAUCUUGAUGCUGGUGGUGGCACAGGCCUACGCCGACCUCGGCGUACUUGAGUGCCCUAUCGUGGAAGACGAAAACGCCACAGUCACCCUUCUGCCCAACCCAUACAACUGCUCCACUUUCUACUACUGCGCCCAGGGACAGCCCACGCUGUUCCUGUGCCCUCUCGGCCUCGAAUUCAACGCAGAAGAGCAGGUCUGCGACUACAAGGGCCGUGCCAACUGCGUUGAAGUAGAGCAGACCGCACCCCCUACAGCAGCAACAAACGGGACGCCUGCAUCCGACGAAGCGGCUCCAGCAAGUGAGGAGGGGGCAAGCGUGGUGGAAGUAACGGCUGACGUCGAGGCAAAGGACGCGCCGUUAACCAAGGUGGUGGUGACGGAGACCGUACCGGUGACCAAGCUGGUGACCGUGGCUGUACCCGUAACCGAAGCGGUGACCAAAGUGGUACCGGUGACCGAAGCGGCAGCGGUAGCCAAGGUUGAAGUCGCAAAUGAAGACCCCGCCGCUGGACUGGGCGACACCGAUUAUCUCACGGCAUAGCUAGAACUUUCGCGUAAAACUGCACCGUCAAAAUAUGGCUCGCUCUGGAAACCUGUGAAAUGAGACGCCCUGGUGAAGAAUGGCUGGAACCGGCUGCUAAUGGUCAAAGGCAGCCUUAUAACUUGUUUGUGGAACGAUUGGCGGAUGUGGAGGAGAGAAUUUUCUGUACAACAGCUCACACCAAAUCAGAAUGUCCAGUUCUUUUUCAUUAGGCAAUGCACAGUUGCAGCUAAAAUGUUAUACCUAACCUUGAAUAUUAAUCUUCUCGGCAAAAGUAUGUGACGAGUUCUGCUCAGUGUUGUCUCGCUUGCUGCAUUUAUUAAUUUGUACUAUAUUAGAGGUGAUUCCUUAAGGCUUAAAUUUUUACAAAAGAAUAACUGUCCAUCUACCGCUACUCUGUCGCUACAACAAUAUUUUACUUUCCUGGAUAAAUGACAUACGUAAAAGAACAUACGUGAAUUUACUGCUACGUUAGAUGCACAUAACUCUUGGAAAAAGUGUGAAAACAUAUACUAAUAUAUAGAAAUAUUUCAUUAGAUUGUAUUAUAUGACAGAACUUGUUUCUUUAGCAUUUGGUUAUUAGUAUUGUAAUUUAUUGCAUAUGAACAAUCUUGCCAAUCUGUCGCAAUAGAGAGUGUUCUCGUUUAUUUGCACAUCUGUACAAUAAAUAGGCCUCUGCAAAUUCAAGGUAA